CGAGUAAAGUGUAGUUCCCGAGGUGGUGCAGACAUUGCAGGGCCAGUAUGACUGAUGAGAUGGAUGCUCUACUGCCUGACACUGGAUCUGCAGAAGAUCCUGAUGUAGGAGUCAUUAGUCCCACAGUGGGGAUUCUCGGCUCUGGUGACUUUUCUCGCUCACUUGCCAUACGACUGGUCACCUCUGGCGUUUCAGUGGCCGUAGGCAGUCGCUGCCCCAAACGCAUCACUCCUGGACUGUUCCCAGACGCAGUGGAACUUACCAGCCAAGAGCGGGCGGUAACGCUUGCUGAGAAGGUAGUGUUUGUGGCUAUGUAUCCUGAGCAUUACUCCACCCUGUCAGGCCUACGGGCGGGUCUACAGGGCAAAGUGCUGGUGGAUGUCAGCAACGCGACGGAGUUGAACCUCAGCGGGCCGUCAAACGCUGAAAGACUAGCAGAGGCAUUCCCCGAAUGCAGUGUGGUGAAAGGUUUCAACACACUCUCCGCCUGGGCCUUACAGACAGGAGCUCAAGACGGCAGGCGACAGGUGCUGCUGUGCAGUGACAGUCUUGAGGCGAAGAACGGUGUCUCCUCGUUAGCUUUGCGAAUUGGCUUCCACCCCUUAGACAUGGGAGGUCUGAUAGCUGCGCGUGAACUUGAGGUGGCCCCCCUGCGAUUGUUCCCGUCCUGGGGGAGUUCAGUGCUACUCCUCUUCCUCCUUUUUCUCUUUUUCUACGGCUAUGGUUUCGUGCGGGGCAUCUUAAUGCCGUACCUAGCGCACGGCCGUAACCUCUUUUACCGACUGCCUCUAGACCUGGUCAAUGAGACCUUGCCAGCGGUCGCCUUGGUAUCGCUGGCGCUGGUGUAUCUCCCAGGGCUCUUAGCAGCUGUGUUACAGCUGAGUCGGGGCACUAAGUACCGGCGUUUCCCUCGCUGGCUAGACCGCUGGAUGUGUGGGCGGAAACAGCUAGGACUGCUGAGUUUUCUGUGCGCAACCCUACAUGGAGUUUAUAGCCUCUGUCUGCCACUACGAAGAGCAACACAGUACCGCAUCCUUAACGGUGCAUACCGGCAGGUAAAGGCAGGAGUUGAGGAUGUGUGGGAUGAGGUGGAAGUAUGGCGUUCAGAUCUGUAUCUCUCCUGUGGAGUCCUCGGAUUAGGAGUCCUCUCCAUUUUAGCCAUAACAUCUCUGCCCACUGUGGGUAAUACCUUAAACUGGAGAGAGUUCACCUUCGUACAGUCUGGUUUAGGUUAUGCCGCUCUGACAUUCUCCGUUUUACACACGCUUUUCUUCGGCUGGGAUUUCACCUUCAGUUCGGAGGCGUUCCCGUACUACUUGCCGCCCAGUUACCUGCUGGCUGUGACUUUGCCGUGUGUGGUGCUCGUGUGUCGGCUGGUCUUGGUCUUUCCCUGCCUGGCCAACAGACUGUCGCGCAUCCGCCGCGGUUGGGAGAGCAGGAGACGCUGCCCUGUUAUGGCAGCCAGUGGAACCACACCUGAGGUGUGACGAUUAAACAAACUGUCAAACCCAUUUUUUUUUUUUUUUUAAUGAAGUGCAGAGCAGUUAAUCCAGCCAUACAAUGGCGUUUUUGCUAUCAGCUAUAAAUUUUGUUAAUUUUGUAAAUACUCUCAAAGAUGGGUUAGGUUUGUCUGCCCAGAGUAAAGGGAUCUUUUUCUCAGUAUGAAUGAAACAGCCCAGACUGGAUGGUAUUGCUUCUUUGAUCAAAGAAAAGACGCAGUUCGUAUAUAAUUAAAACGUGAUGCCUUUUUUAAAAUCAUAACCAUGUUUCAGCCAUACAUGAUGGAGCUAUGUCCAUCCUAUCUUUUUUUUUCUUUGACUGAAUCUUGACUCAGGUUGUUCAAAGUACCUUUAACUCUUCUCUGCUGUUGCUAGGGUAACUGACUAAAAUUCUCACAGUGCCUACUUUAAAUGACCUACGCCAACAGUUAUGUUAUGCUGAUUUCACACACCGUUUGUCACACGCCACAGAGAGGACUAUGUGUUAACAGUUGUUCCUUGUGUUAGUGACAUUUCUCUCCAUAACAGAACUUGUGUGUCUUAUUCCUGUGAACAGGUGCCAGGGAGUCUCCCCCUUUUUACUUUUAGAAUCACACACUGUGACAAAAACUGUCAAGAAAAAAAGUAUUACUUCAUAGCACUUUUUUGGGGUCAUUUGCAAUUUUUACAACUUUGUUUUGUCAGUGUAACAUACAUCAUUCUGAAUGCAGCAAUUAACUGGUAUUCCUCACUGAAAAUCUCUCCAUAUCCUACCUUAAUCUGAAGCAAAAAAAACCAACUGCUUACAUAGUUCUACAACUAUAGACAUUUGUCACGGAAACAGAAAAUCACUGAAUUGGAUUUCACUGACAGCAGGAUCAAAAUACCAAAUUCAGUGUGUACAUUUUUUAAAUGUUGUCUUGAGUAGUCAUCCUGGACUGAGAUUUAAUGCACUUUAAACUAAAAUCAGUCUCUUUGGCAUGUGUUUUCUGAAUAAAGCUGCUCAGUCCUCACACAAUGUCACCAUGUCAGAGUACUCACUGAAGCUGCUUACACAGAUUAACUGAAGAGUUUUUAAAACACAUAGAUACAAAGGAGCACCAUUGCAUUGUGUUUUAUAUGGUCGUUUUGUAAUAUA